GGGGCUGGCGGCUUGGCGAUGGCUUCUGGAAGGCGAGUUUCUUCUUCUGUCCACCUUCCCCUGUAGUGGGAUAAGGCUGCAGGCCAAGGACGAAGUCUCAUUGCCCAGACCGUGACGAUGCCAUGGCCGCUGUCAUCACAACAAGCCUCUCUCUGGUGCUGGACAUCUCUUGUCACUCUGUUCACGGCCUUAGCCCCCUUGGAAAACGGCUGUGGGAGCUUGUCUCAACGUUCUUCGCGAUAUCUAGAAGGCGACAAGCGACACCGAGUGGUGCGAAGGCUACACGAGGCGUCCCCACGACGCGGCGAUGGAUUCGAAACAGCGCCCGUGUCUGCCAGCACUGCACGCGGGCACGGCACACCAACACGGAUGGAACGGCUGACGACAGGGGGCGUGGUUGAGAGCUGCAGCGCGACUGCUUGGAUUCUGUCGCUGUCGAGUGACUCUGGCUCCACAUCCACAUCUGGGCAGACGACGGCGCCGCGUCUGGGCAUGUCAAUCCAGCAGCCUGGGUCGCCACGGUCAUCCAAGAGCACGGCGUGAUGUGUUAUCCAUCUGGCGCUUCGCCGUUAGUUCUGUAGCGCGAAGACGGCCUAGAGAGCCGGUCCACAGCCGGGCAGCCGGGCUCGUCAAUCGAUUCCGCGGCAUCUCAAGAUGCGUACUUGCGACCGAGGGUCCUGAUAGCGUCGUGUCUGGGCGGCUUUGUGAUAAGGCACCUGAGUGAUGGGGCCAAGGGGG